UGUUUUGCGUCGUUUCCAAAAUUCUUCAAAACAGACUUCUCUCGUUAAACUCAGUCUCUGUGGGCUUUCUUCAGAUUUCUCUCUAAAGAAAACCCAAAAUAAUGCCCUUCACAACGGCAUCCUCCAUGCUCCGCCACCGCAUCUCCAGCGCCCUCCGAACCCGCGGCGGCGCAAAAGCUGGUCCCAGCAGAUGGAAAUCUCCGGGACACGAGGAACAACCCAAAGGUCACUUUCUCAAUCGGACCCCACCACCACCAGGAGAGUCUCGUAAAUGGGAAGAUUGGGAGUUGCCUUGCUACAUCACCAGCUUCUUAACCAUUGUGAUCCUUGGCGUUGGUCUCAAUGCUAAGCCUGAUCUCACUAUUGAAACUUGGGCUCAUCAGAAAGCACUUGAGCGACUCCAGAUGGAGAAGUUGGGCCUCUCCGGUUCUGCUGAUUCUGAGUGAAAUCGGAGAUCUGGAAAAUGCAGGGAAGUAUGGGGCUUGCAUGGGGAUUGUUGCAUAGGAGUCAUGGAUGGUGCUGUGGUAAGGCGCUAUGACAUGGGCAUGAAGCAUGGUGAAAACCUACCUUUGUGGCCGUCCUCAAUGCUUGAUCUGCAGUGUAUUUCUAAGAAUAAACCAGAGAUGAACCUUGAUUUUAUUCAAUUAUUUGGGUUCAUUGGCAGAACUUGUGGGGAUGCAUAAUUGAUUGUUGAGGUGAUAGACAUUGUCAUUUGCAGAAUGUAGGAAAAUGAACUACUAGUAGCUUUGAAGUUUCAAUGACCAUUCACAGGCUGACCCCUUAUCCUUUGUGGUGUUUCUUACCACCUUUUCUCUUUUGGCAACUCUGAUGGGGUGGGGUGUGAGCAAGGUUUUUGAGUUUAUUGGGUCAUUCUUUUGAUUAAUGAUCCUACUAGAUGUUUUUUAUCUGCCAUAUUCAUCCAACUCGCAGAUGCCAGUUGGUUGGGACUGAGAAAAUGAAGAGAUAGGGAUUUUCUUUGUCA